UUAGUUACAGGUUCCAAUUUGCAAGGGAUCCAUGAGAGAUACCAGGCAGUUCUGGACAUUUUGGUCGAUAACAAGUGCUCUUUAACAGAGGCCAUGAGGCGAUUUAACAUCCCUCGCAACACGUUGAGGGAUUAUAUUGGCAUCUGCGAAUUGCGAAUUAUAGAUGGCGAGAGGUACAAAAGAGUGGUCGAGGCAGAACGGCAGAAAAUGGGAAAGGUCUCUGCUAAAUCUAUUGAACAGCGCUGUAGGGCGGUUCUGAACGAAUAUAGAGUUCAGGCCAAUACGUUAAAACAACAAAAGAAGCUCCUUCCUUUUUACCCAAAGGAGGACUUUUACACCUCAAAGUAA